CCCGCCUCGCCGCUCCAGCAUGCACGGAGGAUGCUCGCGUCUUGCUCGGGCAGGAAGGGGCCGGAGGGCAGGUACCCGCUGCACUACCUCGUCUGGCACAACCGCGCCCGUGACCUGGACCGGGAGCUCAGCGCCAAGCAGGCCGACAUCGAGCAGCUGGACCCCCGAGGACGCACUCCCCUGCACCUGGCCACCACGCUGGGCCACCUUGAGUGUGCCAGGGUGCUGCUGAAGCAUGGCGCCGACGUGGGCAAGGAGAACCGCAGCGGAUGGACAGUCCUACAGGAGGCUGUGAGCACCCGUGACCUGGAGCUGGUGCAGCUGGUCCUGCGCUACCGUGACUACCAGAGAGCCAUCAAGCGCCUGGCCGGGAUCCCUGUCCUGCUGGAGAAGCUGCGCAAGGCCCAGGACUUCUACGUGGAGAUGAAGUGGGAGUUCACCAGCUGGGUGCCCCUGGUGUCCAAGAUCUGCCCCAGCGACACCUACAAGGUGUGGAAGAGUGGCCAGAACCUGCGGGUGGACACCACACUGCUGGGCUUCGACCACAUGACCUGGCAGCGGGGCAACCGCAGCUUUGUCUUUCGGGGACAAGACAGCAGUGCGGUGGUGAUGGAGAUUGACCAUGACAGGCGGGUGGUCUACUCAGAGACGCUGGCCCUGGCUGGCCACGACCAGGAGGUGCUGCUGGCUGCUGUGCAGCCCACCGAGGAGCAGGUGAUGGGGCGGCUGACGGCCCCCGUCGUCACUACCCAGCUCGACACCAAGAACAUCGCCUUCGAGAGGAACAAGUCCGGGAUCCUGGGCUGGAGGAGCGAGAAGACAGAAAUGGUGAAUGGGUAUGAGGCCAAGGUCUAUGGUGCUUCCAACGUGGAGCUGAUCACACGGACACGGACCGAGCACCUCUCAGACCAGCACAAGGGCAAGAGCAAAGGUGGAGCCAGCACGGGCUGGGUGGGCAGGGCACCUCUGGCUCUGCCCUCACCCCCUCUUCUCCCACAGGCUGGCUGUCCCCCCAUGCAGACACUGAUCACGCAGACACUGAGCCACGCCAACCCCACUGCCAUCACCCCUGAGGAGUACUUCAACCCCAACUUUGAGCUGGGCAACCGGGACAUGGGACGGCCCAUGGAGCUCACCACCAAGACACAGAAGUUCAAGGCGAAGCUGUGGCUGUGUGAGGACCACCCGCUGUCCCUCUGCGAGCAGGUUGCCCCCAUCAUCGACCUCAUGGCAAUAAGCAACGCUCUCUUCGCCAAACUGCGGGAUUUCAUCACCCUGCGCCUCCCGCCCGGCUUCCCUGUCAAGAUCGAAAUCCCCAUCUUCCAUAUCCUCAACGCCCGAAUAACCUUCGGCAACCUCAAUGGGUGUGACGAGCCUGUCAGCUCCCUGCGGCACAGCCCCAGCAGCGAGGCACCCUCACCCAGCAGCGACUCCUCCAGUGUCAGCAGCUCCAGCUCCCUGACCUCGUGCCGAGCGUGUGAGAUGGACCCGGCGCUGUUCGAGGUGCCGCGGGGGUACAGUGUGGUGGGCACCCACCAGGACGCCCUGCGGGAGGAUGAGGAUGAUCUGCUGCAGUUUGCCAUCCAGCAGAGCCUGCUGGAAGCGGGCAGCGAGUAUGACCAGGUGACCAUUUGGGAAGCACUGACCAACAGCAAGCCGGGCACCCACCCCAUGUCGCACGAGGGCCGCCGGGGAGACAGGUUGGACUCCCCAGCACACGGCAUCCCCGCAUCCCCCCGUGGCCCCGUCGCCGGGGGGUGGUGGGGGGCCCAGGGCCCUGUUCCCCAGCUACGCCGAGCAGCUGCGCCUGGCCAUGGCGCUGUCGGCGCGGGAGCAGGAGGAAGCGGAGCGCCGGACGCGCCAGGAGGAAGAGGAUCUGCAGCGGAUCCUGCAGCUCUCACUGACGGAGAAGUGACCCCGCACCCCCACUGAGCCCCUCGCCCACCCCACUGGGGAUGGGGAUGCGGCCGGGGCCGUGUCUGCAGGCACGGGAGGGGAGUGCUGUGGGGGUACCCAGUCCAAAAACUGCGGAGGGCAAAUGGGAAAGGGGGGAGCAGGAUUUGGCCCUGGGAGAACGUCCCCAGAGCUGGGGCAGUACUGGGGUGAGGUGGGGGCACCCCACAGCAGCACAGGGUGGGGGUGGAUGUUGACCCUGCACCUGGGGUGGCAGGGACCAGGGAGGGCAACUCCACGGACUGUACCCCUUCUCCAGGAGAGCCCUGCUCCCCCAGCCGCCCUAUGGGGUGCUGCUCAGCCCCUCACCCCAGGAAGGCGGUGGGAGGCACCUCCUGCCCCAGAUGGGUGGGUUUCCAGUUGCGUGGGGUCCUGGGGUGCCCCCAGAGCCAGGGGGCUCUGCCCAGUUCUCUCUUCCCCCCCCUGCCCAGGCGCUACCAAGUGCACUUACCCAGGAGCUGCUCUGCCUGCCAGCAGGGGUGGGGGCUCAGCACUAUGGUACCCCACAGCCAGCGAGGGGCUGCACAGCCGCCCCCCAUGGCACGGGGACUGCUGGGGCAGCUGAAGGGGUGCCUGUGAAGGGCGCUCCGGUGUCACCCCCCUUAACCCUGCUCGCACCCCUCCACCCUGCUCGGAUGCCCCACCUUGGCAGCGCUGCACCCCCUCGUCCCGGGCACUGACCCCGAGAGAAACCUUACGUCAAAUGGUGCUAACCCCGGCCCCCUGCCCCGGCUGCUCCCCCUUUGCACAUGGGGGGUCGGGGGCUGCAGGGGAGGGGGGGCUGGACUUGCUCCCCUGGGAUUUUUCAUAGCUGGUGCCCCCCCCUCCACCCACCCGUGCACCCCACAGCAACAUCUGGGCCAGGGCCGGGGGAGCCCGAGCAGCUCCGACUG